UAGCCCGCAGUUUGUACUGUCUCUUCCUGGCGCGUGGGUGCUAGCCAUGCCUUCCCUGCUCUCAGUCCCCAAGCUGGUUCCUGUUAUAGCAAGGCUCCGCGGCAUCUCAGGAUGCAUGUCACAUUUACAGCGAAGGUACUCCCUCCAGCCUGUGCUGAAGAAAAAGAUUCCAAACCGAUACUUAGGUCAGCCCAGUCCAGUUACACAUCCACACCUCCUCAGACCAGGGGAGGUGACACCAGGACUAUCUCAGGUGGAAUAUGCACUUCGAAGACAUAAACUGAUGGCCCUGAUCCACAAGGAAGCACAGGGGCACAGUGGCGCAGAGCACACAGUGGUGGUCCUCUCUAACCCUACGUACUACAUGAGCAAUGACAUCCCUUACACAUUCCACCAGGACAACAAUUUCCUGUAUCUGUGUGGAUUUCAAGAGCCUGAUAGCAUUCUGGUCCUUCAGAGUUUCCCUGGGAAGCAGUUACCGUCCCAUAAGGCCAUGCUUUUUGUGCCUCGGAGAGACCCUGGUCGAGAACUGUGGGAUGGCCCUCGGUCUGGCACUGAUGGAGCCGUAGCCCUGACUGGAGUGGAUGAAGCCUACACACUGGAAGAAUUUCAACACCUUGUACCAAAACUGAAAGCUGAGACGAACAUGGUUUGGUAUGACUGGAUGAAGCCUUCUCAUGCACGGCUGCACUCUGACUACAUGCAGCAACUAACUGAAGCCAAGGCCAGGAGCAAGAACAAGGUUCGGAGUGUCCAGCAGCUGAUACAGCGCCUGCGGCUAGUUAAGUCUCCUGCAGAAAUCAAGAGAAUGCAGGUUGCUGGGAAGCUGACCUCAGAGGCUUUCAUAGAGACCAUGUUUGCCAGUAAAGCUCCAGUGGGUGAAGCCUUUCUUUAUGCGAAGUUUGAAUUUGAGUGCCGGGCCCGAGGCGCAGACAUCCUAGCCUACCCGCCUGUGGUGGCAGGUGGCAACCGUUCCAACACCUUGCACUAUGUGAAGAAUAACCAGCUCGUCAAGGAUGGUGAAAUGGUACUUCUUGAUGGGGGUUGUGAAUCUUCCUGCUACGUGAGUGACAUCACCCGGACGUGGCCUGUCAAUGGCAGAUUCACCGCACCUCAGGCGGAGCUCUAUGAAGCUGUCCUCGAGGUCCAGAGAGCUUGCUUGACACUGUGUUCCCCCGGGACAAGCUUGGAGAACAUCUAUAGCAUGAUGCUCACGCUGAUAGGACAGAAGCUUAAGGAUCUGGGGAUCGGAAAGGAAAACGCCUUCAAGGCUGCUCGGAAAUACUGCCCUCAUCAUGUUGGCCAUUACCUUGGAAUGGAUGUCCAUGACACUCCAGACAUGCCUCGCUCGCUCCCUCUGCAGCCUGGUAUGGUGAUCACAAUUGAGCCAGGCGUUUAUAUUCCAGAAGAUGACAGAGACGCCCCAGAGCAGUUCCGAGGUCUCGGAGUGCGGAUUGAGGACGAUGUAGUGGUGACUCAGGACUCGCCUCUUAUCCUUUCUGCAGACUGUCCCAAAGAAAUGAAUGACAUCGAACAGAUCUGCAGCAGGACCUCUUGACCACCGGUGUAACACACUUACAUCCCAGGUCCAGACUGGCAUCCCUACCUAUGCAAGUAGUCAGUGUCUCUGAGGGAAUGGACACAGCUUCCAUGGGGACAGCACAGCUAUACAAGUGGAUGUCCUUGUGUAUGAGGACAUUUUCAUGUCAAAUAGAUGUUUGGUGGAAAUGUGAACUCUGGAACAAUCUGUUACUAGGACUUUAGUGACAUUAAUUCUGACUG